UAAGAAGUGGGUGCAAGAACUCCUAAAGCAAGGUAAUCCUAACAUGGUCAUGGCUCUUGCUGGGAAUAAAGCUGAUCUUGAAGAUAAGAGGAAGGUGACUGCAGAAGAAGCACGUUUGUAUGCAGAGGAAAAUGGUCUUUUUUUCAUGGAGACAUCAGCGAAAACUGCUAUUAAUGUCAAUGAAAUAUUCUAUGAGAUAGCAAAGAGGUUACCUAGGGCUCAACCUACUCAAAAUCCAGCUGGAAUGGUUCUAGUUGACAGACCAGCAGAAGGAUCUCGAGCUGCAUCUUGCUGUUCUUAAGUACGACCCUCUCUUCUGACAUGAUCCUUAAUUUUCUCUUUUUCUUCCCCUCUUCCAAAUUUCUUUGCUUGUUUAUGUUGUAAUUGCAAAAAUUAUGUUCCAAAAGUAACAAGCAAGGGUGUCUGGAAUUUAGUGGAGAAUUUGUAUGAUGGGACACUGUUGGUAGGUAUCUUAUGCUAG